AUGGAUAUCGACUGGAGUCUAGGCUUCCAGCCUUCAUUUUCGAAAGCAUGCAGCCGAUGCCAUGCACGGAAGGUCAAAUGUGAUCAGCGAGUGCCUCGUUGCAUGCGAUGUGAGAAACAGGGCGAGGACUGCAACAUCACCGAGUUCGUUGCAUACUCUUACGCAACCGUAGGAAGCUUGCAGGUUCAGAUCCGUGAUCUACAAGCCAAGCUGGCCAUCGCGAGUCAGAAUGCAGCCGUGAACCAGACGACCAUCACGGUCAGCGAGGCCCAGAUCGCGAUGCCAGCAGCCCCGCCCCCGCCUAUGCGGGCCGGCCAAGCACCUUGGGUGGGUGUCGGGAAAGAAGCCGAGGAGGUCGGGUUCCUAGCCAUUGGCGGUCGAAAUAGGCACUCGGAUGACAAGUACGUCGGCAGUGCAACGGGCUCAACUUUUGCUCGCAUCUUUUUCAAGCAGCUUAAUCUCGUUGCCCCCGCCAUGACAGGUCGAUAUGGAGACAGCCUGGAGCAACCUCCUUCGGAACGGAUGGCCUCUCUACCUUCGCAGGCCGUCGCAAGUUUCCUGCUCAGGCAGUAUAUCGCCCGUGUCCACACGUGGUGGCCUGUACUUCAGCUUCCAAUCCUGCGGCGGACGUUCCGUGCCAUUUACGAGGACCAUCGCAAGUGCGGCGAAGCGGACAAGUUCGUCGUCUUUGUCGUCCUCGGUCUUGCCAGCAGCGAGUCUCAGGACCAUAAGGAGUACCAGAGCCUGAUGGACAUGAAUGAGUCACUGGCAUAUUUCCAAACGAGUCUUCGGUUCUUUAAAGACUUCCAUGACCAUCCGCGUGAUUUGUUUGGCAUUCAGGCGGUGAUACUGCUCACCAUCUGGAUGCUCAACUCGGCAGCAGGGAGUGAUUGCAACGACCUAUGGCACUUAUCGAGAUAUAUCAUGUCAGCCGCGAUCGAAGCUGGCCUUCAUCGCCACAACACAGACUGGGGAUUCGGCGCCGAGGAACUCGAAAUUCGUAAUAGGACCUGGUGGUGUGCCUACAACUUAGAAAGACAAGCAGCUAUCGUCACAGGCCGCGUCCUCUCAAUACGAGAUCACGCCAUACAUGCGCUGAUGCCAGUGCCCCUGAGCUUCGAUGCCCUGAGCGGCCCCGAGGCUCUAGUUGCGCCGGUCUACCACAAACACACAGUCAGGCCAUUCAGUCUAAUGAUACGCCUCCGCCAGAUAUCGGGUCGAAUUCUAGAGUCGAUUUACAUCGGCAGGGGGCCCGAUGGCAAGGCGCUCGCGACGUCAUUCCAACAGAUUUGUACCAUGUCGGACGAGUCGCGGCGGGACUUAACGCAGUGGAAGCAGCAUCUUGAUGAGGCAGAUCUCAAGCCCUCCCGCGAGUACUCGGAGAUGAAGAUCGAGUACUGUAUCCUCCAGCUCCUGCUCAACCGACCGAGUCCUACGUUUAUGGUGCCCUCAAGCCCCAUGAUCGCCACCUGUUCCAAGGCUGCAGCGAGCGCCAUUCACCAGUGGUCCAAGAUUGAGGCUCGGUAUGGCAUCUCGGCUGUCUGCCGCUGCUUCAGACAGCUCCAUGCCAUCCUCCUGGCAGGCUUGGCCGCACUCUACUGUGAUUGGCAGGCCAUGGCUAUGGCAAGAGAAGCUGGACCAACGACUUCCACCCGCAGACAUCGGCACUGGAACGACACAGCGACCUGCCUUGACUUGCUAGAGCGCGGCAUUGCGCAACUCAAACUCACAGGCCUCAACAAGUACAAAGACCUGCUCCAAGCUGUGAGGAACAAGGUCUACGCCGAAUCGAUGGCCCCGCCACGCACAGCAAUCACACCCCAGGAGUCAUUCAUGGGGCCCGAAUCCCUCGACUCCAUGUCUGUAGGCAGCAUGGGCUACGACGGCGGCUCGAGCCUGCUGUUCGCUGAAGACAAAGGAAUGGAGACCUACUUGAACCAGGUUACGGGGUUCUUCGACGGGGGCAUCAUGGACAUGGACGAGGCACUGAAUGCUUGGUAUGGCGCCGUCAUGGAGGAGAUGCAGCCGAUGCAAACGGGGCCGUACGAGCAACGAGAGUAG